UCCAGCAGGUGUCAGUGUGGAAUCGCAGAGCAGCAGCGGGUUUGUUUCCCUUAGCCGUUAGCAUAUGAGGCUCCUGUAAAAGAUGCCCGUGUCUGUCAUGAUGGCUGAACUUGAUGAAAAGCUGCUGUUGCAGUUUGAAACUCAAGAGUUGGAGGCUCCUGGUGGUAUUGCUACGCCUCAAGUGUAUUCCCAGUUACUAGUUCUGUAUCUCCUGCACAAUGACCUGAAUAAUGCCAGAUACCUUUGGAAACGGAUACCACAUGCAAUCAAAACAGCAAACCCAGAGCUGGCCGCUAUAUGGGCUGUUGGACAGCGUAUCUGGCAGCGAGACUUUCCAGGGAUCUACGCUACUAUUGCUGCUUACCAGUGGUCUGAAAGCAUUCUCCCUGUGAUGGAAGCUUUAAGAGAGUCCACCCGUAGGAGGGCAUAUGGGCUAGUAGCACAAGCUUACACCUCUAUCAGUGCAGAGGACUUUGCUGCCUGUGUGGGAUACUCUGUAGAAGAGGCGGUCAAAGGUGUAGUUAGUCAUGGGUGGCAGGCAGAUCCAAACACCAGGAUGAUCAUGCCACAGAAACCAGAUCCGCCCCCGGUCUCUCUAGUUCCAAACGAACAACAGCUGGCCAGACUUACCGACUACGUGGCUUUUCUUGAGAACUGAUAAGCACUCCACCCUCUUCCUCACCACCUCUCAGAUACUCCGUUUUAUGAAAGAAAACUCCUGCUUCAGUGAUGGAGCCGCCAUAUUUCUUUUUUUCUGUUUUGCUUCUUGAACUUGUCAACCACAGUGAUGUAGGACAGUUUCCAAAUUGUUUUACUUGUACAACUUCCGCAUGUACUUUGGAGUAUGACAUUGCUGUCAAUAUUGUAAAUUAUAGUUUUUUCAGCAUAAAUACUUCACUGUAUGCACAUAUUGUUCAGGCUGUUUGGGCUGUUUUGCUGUUACAGGUCAAAAUUUGAUCCUUAAGUAAUUUCAUACCAACAAAGAUGAUGGUUCAUGAUGGUUAAGACUUCCAUUUACAACUGUUGUACAAAAUCGCUCAUCAGAAUCAAUCUCCACAUUUUUCCGGAUGUGUAAUUACAUUUUUGUUAUAUACAUUUUGGCACAUCAGUUAAUCAGAAUGGCUUCUUGCAAUAUUUUACACUGGUCUCAUUAUUGAGACCAUGCAUUCAAUUAUGUACUAUGUAAACAAAAUUAUCUUAUGUUGAUGCAGUGAAAAAAAUGUCUUUUUAACCACUAAAAUGUUUCAAACAACCUUGUUAUCACUAGCAAAGGUAUUGUUUAGCAGUGCAAACACACAACU